UCACCAGCCCGGUCAGUCGGUGUCCGGAUGUGUUCGAGUGAGGAUGUGCGAGUGGCCCCCGGUGAGACCUCUUCAGAGAGCACGUGCGUUCCUGCUUACGGGCUGUUUGGAUUAAUUACGUCGCUGAGUGUAAUUCGAAAUUACGGGAUCGCGACGACGACGUGGAAUUACGGCUGUCCUGUAAUUUAACAUGCUGCAAGUAAUACUACUACGUUACUGCCUGAGUGGAAUUGUGCAGUGAUUUUUCACACCUGUCAUUUUGUGGUGUAAUUACGAAAUUUUGUAAUCAAUUCCAAAAAUUUAUAAUUAAUUUCAAAAUUUUAUAAUUCCGAAAUUUUGAAAUUAAUUCCGAAAUUUUGUAAUUUAUUCAGAAAUUUGUAAUUAAUUCCGAAAUUAAAGUACAAAUUCAUCCGUAAUUCCCGACUACCAAAUGAAAAGGAAUGAGACACGUGACGAUGUGUGACGUCACGGCAACACCAUGCCGCCGGUAACUACGAUAGUUAAAACAUUUUGGCAGUUACUACAUGUGUAAUUAACUUCGUUCACUGACCUAUCAAACUACCCGUCGCGGUAAUUACGGGAGGAUAUGGCGCUCAUGAUCUUGAUCAUGUUAAUUACGUCUGUUGUGCAGUACGCUGUCGACGGCGUGAGGGAGGGGAGUACCAGCGUUCCCUUGGAAGCCCCCCCGCAGAUCCUGGAGGAACCCAAGGACGAGAUCGUCAGGAAAAACGACCCUUUGACCUUGUAUUGCAAGGCCACCGGGAACCCCCCUCCUACCAUAGUGUGGUACAAAGCGGACUCGGAGACGCCCCUGAGAGACAGGGACAGCCGCCUGCAGCUGCCCGACGGCUCCCUCUUCUUCUACCGCGUCCGGGCAAGGGACACGGGCUUCUACUUCUGCAUCGCCCACAGCGUCGCCGGCACCGCCACCUCCCGGAGGGCGUCCCUCCAGCUGGCUUACCUCCGCAAGGAUUUUCGGAAGUGGCCUUCCAGCAUGGGCGUGGUCGAGGGCGAGACAGCCGUGUUCGAGUGUGACCCCCCCAAGGGUCACCCGACACCAAUCAUUACCUGGAGAUUGGAUGGAGAAAAUUUAAAACUACCCAGACACAGGUUCCGUCAGGAGGGUAACCGCCUCAUUGUGACCCAUGUCGUGCCAGGAGACGAGGGGGAGUACCAGUGUGUGGUGACCAAUAUGGCGGACCAGAGGGUGUCCCACGCUGCGACGUUGACAGUCUAUGUGUCGGCCAGAGUGGGGGGCGUGGUCAAGAGUAUGGUGGGCGUGUCCGGCCAUGACGUCACCCUCCCCUGCGUAGCGACGGGUGUCCCAGAGCCACAGGUGACAUGGCGCCGUGUGGACGGAAUCGUUCCCGUGGGGCGCUCCUCCGUCGGAAGGGACUGGAGCCUGACCAUAAGCCACCUGGUGACGGAGGACCAGGGUGUCUAUGUGUGCGAAGCCACGAACCAGGCUGGGUCUCACGCGGCAAACACCUCACUCCUGGUAGUAGAGGCCCCCAGAGUGGACGGGGGCGUCCGCCCACGGAUAGCUGUCAUCACCCCCACCCACGUCAGGAAGAUCAGCUGCCCUGUGGUGGCCACGCCCACGCCCAUGGUCUUUUGGGUGAAGGAGAACCACCCGAGGGAGGCGGACGCUCCCUACGCCCGUGAACAAGGCGAGAACCAGUGGGCCUACCCGGGGGGACAACCCAGGAUCCUGGUGGGGGAGGAGACCCCCCUCCAAAGGGCUCCCUCUUCUUCUUCUUCCUCCUCCUCCACCUCUUCGAGGUCAGCCUCGACAGACGCCUUCGUGGACGAAGCUGACAACCUCCACGUGACCUCUGAGGAGGAAGGACACUGGGCAUGCAUGGCCUCUAAUGAGGUAGGGGGCCUUAUGCUUCCGGUGCACGUCCGGCGUGGGCGGGGCGUGGCCAGGGGCUCCGUCAGCAUGGGCAUCGUCGGCGUAGACGAAGUGGAAGCCAGGGCCGCCCUUCUGAACCCGACCUUGGAACAGGGUCACCCGGCACCCACCUCGUCCCGCUCGGCUACUCUGGCUUGGAGAUUGACGGGCCGCCCCACGCAUAUGGAGGGCCUCUUCAUCCUGGGAUGUCAACGCGGAUUUGGGUACGUCCCCCUCCGGGUCCAACAGCAGCUUCAGACCCACGACAUCACACGUCACCGCCUCCACCACCAUCACCAUCCCGACGCCCACCAGAGGGUCUUCCCCCACCACGAGAGGCCCGGCGGCGACGCCCUGAGAGAGAAGGCCACCCAACAUCCUGACGAAGAGACCCUCAUCCCCGACGACGACGAAGACUGGAUGGAGAUCCUGAGUAGUUCCCCCUUGAAUGAUAUGGACCCUGACCUGGUACCUACCAUUCCUGGAAACACCAGCCAACAAGGACCCGCUAUUGGAGACAUUCCAGCCCCACCCAAGUGCUCAGAUCUUCGAAUCCUAGGCUACACCCUCAUCCAGAGUAGGAACACCUACACAGUGGAGGAUCUGGAGCCAUACACAUCCUACUGGUUCCUUCUUCUCCCACACUACAAAGGGGUCCUCGGUGUGCCCUCAAAUAUGCAGGCCUUCACGACGCCCCAGGAUGUCCCCUCUGGGUGGGUUGUUCUCUCGAGAUGGUGGGCGGCGAAGGCUGACGACGGGUUCUACGCCCUCACCUUACACUGGAGGCCACUGACACCCCACCAGGCACAUGGUAUCAUUACCAAGUAUCAGGUCAUUGUCCACGAGAGUGACACGGGCCUGAAACACAACGUCAGCGUGGUGGGUGACCUGACCUCUCUGACCCUGGCUAACGUGACCUCGUCGCGCGUGAGUGUGACCUUGUCCGCCGCUACCGUGAAGGGUAUGGGCCCCUCCUCACCUCCAGCGAGACUUAACUUACUGACGACUCACUUCAAGGAAACAGCAGCAGGAACAGGUGUAGUGAGGUCAGCGUGGUUCAUAAUGCUGGCUGGAGGGGCUAUCGCUAUGGUACUUGUGGUUGUGGCGUGCACCAUGGUCGCCAAAUGGUGCGCGAGGAGAAUUCACACGAGUAUCCCCUCAGAAACCAGUAAGAACAAGAUGUGUGGGGUUGUGGAACCCUGGAGCGAGGUGGGUGGCCUGUGGGCAGCCGCCGUCGAGGUUGACCGCCUCAAUUCAGACAAGUCCGAGCGGAAGCUUCUGGCCUCGACGGGGUCGUCCACCGCUGACUACGCCGAGGUUGAGGAAGGGACGGCUAAGAUGAAGGACGAACUCAACAAGAGUAGGUUAGAUGCCUGGUCACAGGGUCUCCUGAAUUCCUCGCCCUCUCCCUCUCGCUCUUCCGCUAACACCCACCGAACUAACAUAAUGACGCAGAGCUAUACUCGCCACACACAAGGUCGCACCUACGCCAACUCCGGAACGACCCAUACGACCAACAACACCAGCCGGGACUCGAACUGCGACACCUGGUACACGGGAGAGUGCUGCAGUUGCUGUCACGAGGACAUUAAACUGAUGGUGCCGCCUAGCGACGCCUUCUGCAGCACGUCGUCGGGGAUGACAACCGUCUUGGCCAAUCCCGGGAGGGAUUCGCACUCCCCUUACAAGUCACUCAAUUACCAGUACAGUGAGAUUGGGACAGACACAUAUGAGGCAGUUACAGCCUACUGCGAGACGGCUCACUCUGACCACGAUGAACACGAAGCUAUCCACCGGCCAACUCCUCAGCGUAUCCCAAGUCAGGAGACUCGCCAGCUCAGACUCAACACUGAGUCCACCACUGACUUGUCCAUGGACAACUACAACUUCUCAGACGAGGAUGAGGAUGAAACCCAGUCGUGUAGCGACACUGAGGCUUCUUUCUUCAUCCCCCACGAUCACUUGAUGAAGGGGGACUCCAGAACGAGCAGCAGCACAGGACGCGAGAGGAAAAGCACAGUCGACUCGUCUUACGAAGACAUCCAGAGGCCCAUCCGGGAGAGAUUGCGGUCCAGCAGCGUAACCAUGUCGGACAAGAUACCGUCGACUUUCCGUCGCGUCCUUGGGGAGGAACGCAUGGUCAAAACGGAAGGGGACCGGAAACUGUCUAACUCAGCAAAGGGUUCCAAAAAGAAUACGGACUCUGGGUCCACAUCAGGCAUCUCCUCGUCGAGUCCCUUGGUUGCUGAGUGCUCGGAAUCCUCUCCAGCGAGGAAGAUGAGCGCCCGGUCCUCCGCCUCCCAGGAUAGUUUGGAGGAGCAGUUCGAGAGGACCUUGAGUAUGAUAUCUCAAGGAGGGUCGUGUAACUUAGAUUCCGAUUACCUGUCCACUUCGGCAUACAACUGAUAUAUAGAGUACUGUGAGAGACACUUGAGAAAGUACUACAUGGAAGUUGUCAUAUCUUGCAAAACAACUGACGUCUGACGAGUGAUUUUAGCCACGUUUGGUAGCAAUGUCUGCCAUCAGCAAGGCGUGUGUGUGAGCAUUGUAUACAAGCAUCAGUAAAACAACAGCAAUAUAAUAUGUGUUCUGUGUACCGGGCAUUAGUCGUGUUAUAAAAAAGACAAUGUAUUGCUGACCCGUGCUGUACAAAGCGUUUACACUUAGCGGUCUCUUAAGAUUUAAAGACUAGAAUAGUGCUUGCUUGGUGGUUAGGCCAUUGCUUGCACAGUGAACUCAGGGUCCAACCCUCAAAACCCCAAAACAUUUAAAAAAAAACUUCCAGUGCUUUCAAGUGAAAACUCAACCAUGUGUGUGCAUAUGUGACUAUGAUAAACCGAGACAUAUCAUAAGACUGAACUCCUGAUUGUUUAUAAAUGUUGAAAUAAGAAGAGUAUAGAUAUUUUAUUUCAAACUGAGCCUGGCUCUUCCAAGUGUUCUUUUCUUUCCAAAUGAAUCAAUAAUGUUAAGUGUUGUUACUGUUUAGCUGGGGUAGAAAAAAAAAGCAUGACUUGGACACACGUGUUCCCUUGUCUCACCUGACGUUGCCUGGAGGGAGGUUAAUUAGAACUGAAAUGGAUGUUGUUGUGUCUGAUUGAAGAAUACUGAGGCUGUUGAUUGGUCGUGACUGAUUCGAGAAAUACAGGUUGCCCACAAAGUCCCAAUAUACCAUUCAGAACAAUAAAUACUUGUAAUGGUACUGGGACUUUAUGGACACCCUCUAUGUUGUUGCAUGUAUCAGAAAGGAGAGUGACCAUGUAAUCAGUCACGUCUCAGGUAAGACAUGAUUAUCAUUCAUGUCUGAGUGGUAGACUGAUGAUGUAAUCAGUUGUAUUCAAAAGAAGUCUGGUGAUGUAAUCAGUCAUACAUCAUCAGGCAUAAUCUGAUGACAGAUAGAUUAUGUAAUCAGUAACUGUUGAGAGGAGAUUGAUAAUAUAAUCAGCUAUGUCUGACGUAAGACAUAUUAUCAGUUAUGUCUGAUGAUGUAAUCUGUCAUAUUAGCACUCAUGUCUCAUGGUAGACUGGUUAUGUAAUCAGUCACUUCUGAGAGUAGACUGAUGGUGUCAUCAGUCUAGCCUGAUAUAUAAGACAUAUCAAAAUCAGUCACAUCUGAUGGAAGGCAGAUAUAGCAGUCAGUCUUGUGUGAUAGUAAAGCUGAUUAAGUGUGGUACAAGACUGAUAAGAGACUCAUAUAGAUUAUCAGUCAAGUCUGAUGCAUAAGAUAAGACUGAGAAUGUUAUAAAUAAAAGGCCUUUCACCAUCCCUCUAACACAAUUUUUUUUUUUCGUUUCAGUCCAGUGUUAUAUAUACCUGUAUAUCUAAUAUAUAUAAAUAAAUAUAUAUAUAACACAAUCCAGCAAUAAAUGUGUUGCUGUGUCUCACAUAUUUUGUAACAAAAACAAAAGAAAAAGCUUCCCCAAAAAAAUGAACUAUGUCCAGAUGAAGCAUCAUAAUCAAAAAAAGGUUUCCUAA